UUUAAAAAGCAGAUUAAAACAGGAUACAAAUUUAUUUCCAUUUUAGUUCACACACACACACACACACUGUAUUUUGGACUAUGGCUUCCAACACUGGGGCUGACGCUCUGCCUUCAGGCGGCAGGAUCUUCGUCUCUAUUCCUGACAUUUUCUACAUCCCAGAGUUUGUUUUCGGAGGUUUGGUGUGGAUGCUGGUGGCAUCGAAUCGUGUCAUUCCAGAAAACCCUUUGGGCUGGGUGAUGUUCGUGUCUGUCUUCUGCUUUGUACUGACGACGCUCUGGUUCUUCAUUUUCCUCUUUGGCGGCAAUCGGAGCAGCAUCUGGCCCUCCCUGGAUGUUGGUUUUCAUUUUGUGGCGGCAGUUUUCUACCUGAGUGCGUUGGUGAUUUUGGCCUUUCUCACCGUUUCGAAAGGGAAUUUUGUGAGCGCCAUAGAUACCACUCCAAAUCCAGCAUUUGCUGAAUCUCUCAAGAACUACCGGCUGGAUAUUGCAGCAGUGGUGAUGUGCUCUUUCGCCACUCUUCUCUACUUCCUCCAUGCCAUUUUCUCCGCCAUCCGAUGGAAGAGCGCUUAACACAAAAAGGAACAGGAAGAAGAGAGGACCCCACAUCACCAGCGGAUCUUUUAUUGGACUAAACACAGAAUGGCCCUUUCUAAUUGUCUUUAUUUUUUUGUAUUAGCAUGGCCUUAAAAAUAACUUUUUGUGCCUCGGACCUAAACAUCGACUGAAUAAACGAGUGGACAACAAGAAGGUUAUUGAUAAGUCUAACUUUUUUUAUUGCUCUCCAUUGCCAGGCAGGCUUACCCAUUAUUACCCCACUGCUUACCCUCUCACAGUUUAAUCAGUAUAGAUGCAGAUUAAAGUAUAUGUUGAUGUUAAAGUUUGUCAGGAUUACAUGUUGUGUAAAUAUAGUUAAAUGUCAGACUGAGUCAAAUAUUAUGGUCCAGGUUCUACACAUGAUAUUUUUGAACAAAUGUUUGAGGACAAACCAAAAUCUUCAACUGAAUAGUUUUUUUUCCUGAAUAACAGAAAGCUCUCUAAGGGUUAGUUCAGCAGCAUCAUCAUCAUCAUCAUCAUAAAAAUGAUUCUUCAUAAACAUACUGUUAAAACUUCGUAUUGAGGUGCAAAGUAUAUUUUGAAUUAAGUUGUUUAAAAGUGUUGAUAGGUAUCCACAACCAACCAAAAUUUGAAGACGUUUUGUUUCAGGACAUGAAACAUGUUCAACAAACUAUUGACAUGGUUAGAGAGCAAAGUGGGUAAGUGAAAAGGUUUAAGGCAAUUUUAUAAACUGGCCUUUUAAGUUUUGAAUCAAGGGUUAGGUCAACGAUUUAGAAUAGUAAUUCUGUAAAGAUGUGAAUAACUGAUUACAUGUUUUUUUAUUUAUUAAGUAGAGGCUGAAACAUCCUCCUCAACAUUUACACACUUUGAGGCUCUCCUUAAAACUAUCUAUAACAGCUCACAUGCAAUGUUGAGAAAAACAUGUAAACAUCUCAUGAAUCUAAAUUCAAGGUAAUCAGCCUGCCUUAACAUUUUUCUAUUAAACUCUCAAACCCACAUGGAGGUAAAUCAGACUCACUUCAUCUUAACGUUCACUAAAAGUAUCAAAGACAUUCAUUAGUGGUGUGAGCAGUGCAACAACGUGUUACUAAAUUACAGGAGGCUUGUUCCAUUCAAGAAAACAAAACCUGAAGACUCAGAAUAUAGUUAUGAAGCAGCUCUUAAUUUCCUACAUUUGUUCACUAUGCUUAUAAUAAAGAAAAUAAAUACAUAUAUAUUCAUUAGCAGAGAAUGUAUAACACUUGAUACGUCUUUUCAUUCGAUUUUAAUACAAUAGCUAUGAUAUUUCUUUUUCUUUUUUGAAAGGUUCUGGGUGAUAUGAAAGGCUCUUCCAUGUGAUUUAUUGUUUGCAUAUACAUGAGAUCUUCCAAAGAAAUCCAAUGAUGUAAAUAUUAAACGAUUUCAAUUUCCAGGUAUUUUUUUAAAAUCUCUGAUAUGCAA